AAGUUUUCAGAAUGACUUCCCUGGUUGACAUGCCCUUGAAUUAUGAAAAGAUGUUUGCUCAUCGAUUCACAUCAGAUGAUGAAGAAUACCAAGAAUAUCUGAAACGCCCUGCAGAUCCCCCUCCUAUAGUUGAAGAAUGGAGAAACAGAUCUGGUGGCAACCAGAGAAACAGAGAUCGGUUUCAAGAUGGUAGAUACUUUAGAGGAGACAGAUACAACUGGCAAGGUGACUACAGAUCUAAUCAGAGGUCGGAAAGGAGUUGGGGUAAUAACUACCAGCAGCACAGACAAGGGCAGUCGUAUUCCUCCCACUACGGACAAUAUGGCUACAACUCCUACAACCCAGGGUCUCGUUACCAUUCCUACUGAUGAUACUUGUGCUCUGGAAGUCCAGUAAUGCUAUGUAACAAAUUCAGUUAGACAGUUUUCUUACGUUCCCACAGUUUUAUAGAUCACUCAAGAAUUAGUAUUACAGUCCAUCACUGUUUAUCUGUAGUGUGAAUUGAAAAAGAGAAUACCUUUUGUGAGUAAAAAAGCAUAUUAUUCGGAGUUUGUUUAGAGUCUGUAGAUCUUAGAUUAAUUUUCUAACUCAUUCUUUUGUCUGAAUACACAUUAGUGCACUUCUUUUCUUCCAUCAUUGAGAUUUCUCUCUGUUUCAUUUUAGGAAAUACAACAGGCCAGGGGAAAAUAGCUGUGGUUUGCGUGCAGCCUGUAGCAAUGGCACAUUGCCUUAAGAUAGUUCUUUUUUGAAAGUGACAUUCUGUGUCUUUGUCUGGAGAGAAUUUCUUAGUUGGCUUUUGAUAGUGAGAAAAGCUCAGUUUGGUUUGAAUUUCACAUGCCUUAAAACUG